AUGCUAAAAAUCCUAAUUGCCUCAGCAAUACUCACCCCAACUAUACUACUAUUACCAAUCAAAUACAUACUCACUACCACCUCCGCCUACUCAAUAAUCACAACCCUACUAAUACUAAAAUGACUCUACCAACCACUCAACCUCAAACCCUUUGCACUAAACACAUGAUUCAUACUCGACCCAAUCACAACCCCACUAGCCAUCUUAUCAGCCUGACUCCUCCCACUUAUAAUCCUUGCAAAUCAAAAUAUUGCGGCCUCAGAGCCAACCGGCCGAAAACGAAUAUUCCUUACAACCUGCACCAUACUACAAACUACCCUACUCCUCACAUUUACCACAACAGACCUAAUCAUAUUCUAUGCACUCUUCGAAACAACCCUCGUUCCAACACUAAUUUUAAUCACCCGCUGAGGGGCUCAAACCGAACGUCUCAAUGCUGGAACAUACUUCAUUUUUUAUACCCUAGCCGGAUCCUUACCACUACUAGUCGCCUUGCUCUAUAUCCACUCAACCAACAACCAUACACUCAUCCCCAUUCUCACUAUACACCAAUCCGCCACCUUCCCAACAAAUCUAAUAUGGCUAGCAUGCAUAAUAGCCUUCUUAGUAAAAAUACCCCUAUACGGCCUACACCUCUGACUUCCCAAAGCCCAUGUAGAAGCCCCCAUCGCCGGAUCAAUAGUACUUGCAGCAAUUUUACUAAAACUUGGAGGAUACGGCAUCAUUCGUCUAACCCUAAUCCUGAUACCUACAACCCAAACAAUGUGCUUCCCAUUCAUCGUUCUAGCCCUGUGAGGAAUAAUUAUAACUAGCCUCAUCUGUCUACGACAAACAGACCUAAAAUCUAUUAUCGCUUACUCCUCUGUAAGCCACAUAGGCCUAGUCACCGCCGCCUCCCUCAUCCAAACCCCAUGAAGUAUCCACGGCGCAAUACUACUAAUAAUCGCCCACGGCUUAACAUCCUCCAUACUAUUCUGCCUGGCCAAUACCAACUACGAGCGAACUCACACCCGCACUCUUAUCCUAGUACGAGGACUACAACUAGCCCUACCACUAAUAACCACAUGGUGGUUACUCUCAAAUCUAAUAAACAUAGCACUGCCACCUACAAUUAACCUAUUAGGCGAACUAAUAAUUAUUAUUACACUAUUCAACUGAAAUAUAACAACAAUUGUCCUAACAGGGUCCGCCACACUCAUCACAGCCAUAUACUCCCUACACAUCUUCCUGACAACACAACAAAACAAACUACAAACACACAUAACUAUCAGCCCCACCCACUCACGCGAACACCUCCUUAUGGCCCUGCACUUAAUCCCCCUGCUAUUACUACUAACCCACCCAACACUAAUUACGUAG